CUGAAGACGAAGACAAACGCAAAACAAUCAGUGCGUUAGAGGUCACUCCCGAUGCACUUGUCCUCAGAUCUUCAUCACAGAUAGACUGCUCCUCGUCAAUGCCUUAACAGAGGGGGCUUUAGAAGAGAUGAUGGAAAAUCCUGAAUAUUUCGACGAGAACACCGAUGAGUUCCUUGGAGACUUCAACUGCACAGACGCAUUGGGAAAUACUGCUCUUCACCUCGCUGUACGUCAAGGGCAUCCGGCUGAUGUAGUGGCUCUCUGUGGUGGGGCUGUCGACCUUGAUCUCCGCAACAAGAAUGGCGAUACACCCCUUUAUAUCGCUUUGAAGGAGAUCAACGAUGAUGAGGCACGUUUUGAAAUUGUUACAGAACUACUAAGUUGCGGCGCAGAAAGCAAACAGGCGAUGCCAGGCGGGCUCACACCCCUGGAGUAUGCAAAGAGCCGAUUUCCUUCGGAAAAGGAUUUACAUCAGGUCAUCGCGAAUCCCCCAUGUGAUGAUGAGGAUGAAAUACAGCCAGAACAAAUGAGGAAGCAAAUGUACGACAGGCGUGAUUUUGUAGACUAUGAAGAUGGAGACGAGGGAUCGAGCCCGGAGAGCGAAUAAAUUAUAUACUAGUAUCAUGUGCACUGCUUGAAUAUUAUAGACCAAUGGGACCCUUCAGUUAGUUCAUAUGUGCUGUGCCUUUGAUCUCAUUCCAAUCUUGCCUUGGGACAUGAUGUUUACCAGCACCCACCGACUUGGACGACGACAGAUUCUAUCCAAUCGUAACUCUACACUGUGCAAUAUGCAAUUUGAACAUUAUCCAAUUAUCUGGUCAGCGCUUGAGCCUGGAGCUCGAGGCAGCAAGGACGUACGC